UCCAUUUUUCAAAACAGGCAGUUUCCUUCAAUAUUUGGCCAUGGCGUUAGCAGGGAUUCUAGUGUUUUGCCAUUGACCAGUCAGUAGCUCUGUUCCUCUGUACCUUCCCCGUGGCUAGCUCUGCAGUCUUCGAAGCGUCGCUGAACGAUUCGGUUCAGGAGAUCGAUGCGCUUCUACUCUUGUCGGCAAGCCCACCUCCUUGCAGACCCUAAAUAAAUACUUUUAAUUACUUUCCCGCGGAAGUAGUUACGACCCUGCACUGGAGGCUGUAGAUAUUUGAGGUUGUACUUUUCUUUCGUUUCCCGCUGGCACGAUGAGCAAGAAGGACGAUGAGAAGCACGAGAAAAUUAUCCGCGGGUUGCUGAAGCUGCCCGAGAAUAAGAAAUGCAUCAACUGCAACAACCCGGGCCCGCAGUAUGUGUGCACGAAUUUCGCGACGUUCGUCUGCAUGGCGUGCAGUGGCAUCCACCGCGAGUACACCCACCGCAUCAAGUCCGUGUCUAUGGCCAAAUUCACGCCCGAGGAGGUGGCGGCACUGCAGCAAGGCGGCAACCAGAAAGCUCGAGAGUUCUUCCUGGCCAAUGCAGCCAGGGUGCAGCCUCCAGACCCUAACGACCCGAAUCGGCUGCGGGAGUUCGUGCGGUCGGUCUAUGUGGAGAGGCGCUACGUGGCCAGCAGAGAGGGCGGCGCUGCUGCUCCCCCACCCCCUCGCGCGCAGCCCUCGUCCCCCUCCCCUCCCGCAGACCUUCCCCCCGCCUCCUCCUCCUCCCCGCAGCCCCCCUCCUCCCAGCACAGCGAUCACAGCCGCUCGUCCUCUGAUUCCCGGGCCAUGAGGGCUUCUGCGGAUGGGUAUGCAGGCGCCAGUGGGGCGAGUAGAGGCCCGGGCAGAGGGGCGGGGUAUGGGAGCGACAGGCAGCCGCAGCAGCAGCAGCAGGAAAGGGAGAAGCCGAGGCAUAAGGGAGGGUUAUCUUCGUUCCUGGGAUUCAAAUCCCGUGGCAGCAGCAGCAGCAGCAGCAGCCACAGUGGUGGCGGUGGCAGCAGCGGCGGUGGUGGAAGUGGUAGUGGGGGGGCUGCAGGUGGCAGGCACAGCAGCAGCAGCAGCAGCAGCGGGAGUAGGGAGAGACGAGAGGACUCACUGAAGGGGGAGCACCGGAGGGACGGUCUAGGGGGAAGGUCCUCGUCCCCUUCCGGUUCCAGUAACAGCAGGGGCAGCGACAGGGAGAGGGAGAGAGAGAGAGACAGGGAGAGGGAGAAAGACAGGGAGAGGGAUAGGCAUGGGCAUGGGCACGGGGGGCAGAGGACUAGCAGAGACGAGGGAGGGGAGGAUCCUCAGGUGCAGACUAGAGCCAGCGGAGGAGGAGGAGGGGCUAGAGGGGGAGGGGGUGGGGGAGGGGAGGAGGUGAGGAGUGUGUCUGUGACUCAGGUGCUGGGGCGGGAUGUGGAGCUGAAGGUGUAUGCGGAGGGGGAGGAGGGGGCGGUGGGGAACGGCGUGCAUGGGGGGCAGCAGCAAGGGGGGAAUGGUGCGCCUGGGAGCCCCGGGUCAAUAGCUUCCUCUGCGGCAUCGCGCAAGGCGGCUGACGCCCACCCUCCGACGCCUGAGAGCAAGCCACCCCCCUCCGCCACUGCCACUGCCGCCACGGCGAGCCUCAUAGACUUCUCCUUUGACGACCCCACCCCCGCCCCGCCCACCGCCACCACAGCACCCGCAGCACUUGCACCGGCAGCAGACCCCUUUGGCCUCGCAGACCUCCUUGCUCCACCCCCCGCUGCCCCUGCUCCUGCUGCGCCAGGUGUGGCCCCUGCAGGUAUCGACCCUGCUGCUGCUGUGCCUCCCUACGGGGCUCAAUUCCCAGGCGGAGCCCAACCGUUCGGGGAUCAGCCGUUUGGGGGCGAGCCCCUGGCAGGCCAACCGUUUGGGGCUCAGCCGUUUGGUGGUCAAACGUUUGGGGGCCAAGAGUUUGGGGGGCAAGGGUUUGGGGGACAAGCGUUUGGGGGUCAGCCUGGGGGAGCCCAGCCGUUUGUGAGCCAGUCGUUUGACGGCCAGCAGUUUGGAGCGCCUGUGCCUGGCGCCCAGCCUUUUGCUGCCUUUGGAGGUCCUGCCGGCCAGCCGACGGUUGACUCGAGUCAACAGGCUCAAGGCGGUGCGGCCUUUGACCCGUCUCAGCAGGCGCAGGGCGGUGGGGCUGUGGGCUGGGGUGCAGGCUUCCUCCAGCCUGACGAGUCACCUGCUCCUGCUGCUGAUCCUGCCUCCGCGCCUGUUCCCCCUGCUGCUGGUGGGUUUGGCGGGCCCCAGGUGCAACCACAAGCACAGCAACCGAUGCAGCAGGGGAGCUUGUUUGGGGGAGAGGGCGCUGUUGAUGCAGCUGCGGCAGCGGCAGCACCACCGCAAGCAGCAGCAGCAGCAGCGGCGCCUGCAUUGGAUACGCCAGCAGUAGAGGGAGGAUUUGCCUCUUGGGCUGCUUUUGACGCCGCCCCUGCUCCUGCCCCUGCCUCUGCCCCUGGUCCUGCUGGUCCUGCUGCUGCUUCUGCUGCAAGCCCACCUGCAUCGGAGGCUGCACCUGGCGUUUCUCCUGAAGCUGGUUCUGCGCAAGCAGCAGGGGGAGCAGCGUCUUCUGGCGCUGGGGAAUCACCUGCUGCUGGCGCCACCGCUGCAGCUGCUUCUACUGCAGCAGCACCAGCUGCAGAUAUGGCAUGGAGUGCCUUUGGUGACGAGCCAGCACAGCCACCACCACCGCAGCAGCAGCAGCAGCAGCAGCAGCAGCAGCAGCAGCAGCAGCAGCCAGAGAUGACAGGGACGCCUGCUGCUGCUCCAGCCGCCACCGCCGCCACAGCAGCGGCAGCAGGGGGUGCAUCUGCGCCUGCAGCAGCGGCGGCUCAAAAGGCAUCUGCUGCACGUGCAGCAAUUCCAGAGGAUUUUUUCACCAACCUCCUUCCAGCCCCGCAAGUCAAGAACGACCUGCCUUACCUUGGUGGCUACGCCGCCCCUCCCGCCCCCGCCCCUGCUGUCACGGAUACCAGCUCUCUCGCCUUUGGGUCGCCGGGGACAGUGGCGGCUGCUGCAUCCGCCUAUGGGGCUUAUGGGCAGCCGCCCAUGUCCGCUUUGGGUCUCCCUCCCCAAGCCAUGGACUUGCCGCCCUACCAGGUCGCAGGAGCUGCUACAGGACAAGCCAUGCCAUCCGCAUACGACCAGUUUCUUUCCACCAAUGCAGCCGCCCCUCCUCCGUUCGGUGGUGCUGCUGGUGUUCCUGCUGGUGUGGGUGGUGCUGGCUAUGGUGCCGCUGCUGGUGCUAAUGGUCCGGGCAGCAACGCAGAAGCAGCCGCAUCAGCAGCAGCAGCAGCAGUCAAGUCGACCAAUCCCUUUGCUUUUGAUGAUGACGAUGAGGAGGAGGCCACUGCUGCCCCUACGACUACUGCUGCUGGUUCUGCCCAGCCAUUCGCCAUGGACCCUCUAGCUGCUGCUCUUCCUGGCGGCUAUUUUGCCGGCCCCAGCAACACUGCCGCUGGCCCUUUCCAGUCUCCCCAGCAGCAGCAGCCGCAGCAAACUGCAGCGGCCACCCCAUACCCCCCCGGGCCAGCUCUCUCCCCCACACCCUCCACCUUCUCCCCCUCCACUCCCCCCCAACCCUCCGACCCUUUCGCCAUGCCUAACCCUGUCCAAGCCUCCUCGCCUGGUCUGGCCGGACCUGCUGGUGGGUUCGGAGGCGCCACGCCUGGAGGGGGGUUGAGUGUGUCUGCAGACCUCUUUGGUGCUGGCUUUGGGUGGGGAGGAGGGGGGGCAGGGGGAGGGGGUUUAGCGGGAGGAGGCGGGGGAGGAGGGCAUAAUCAGAUGCAUUCUGGAGGUGCUGGUGGUGCCGGUGUUGGUAUGUCUGCAUCUAUUGAUUUUGGCUACCUUGGUAGCAGUGGUGCUGCUUCUGGUUUUGCUCCUGGUCCUGCUGCUGCUGCUGCUGCUGGAGGGAACUUUGGAUUCGGUCCUGCUGCUGCAUCAGCAGCAGCACCACCGUCGGCGGAUCCAUUCGCUUCGCUUAUGCCAACCGGGGCACCGGCUCCUGGUGGUCAUCCACCGGCUCCUGCUACAGGUGCGGCUGCGGCUGCUCCUGCAUCAUCUUUGGACGAUUUCAACCCGUUUGGCUGAGUGGUGGCCCUUACACACUCGCAUUCGCCACUCCUGCUAGGUCGAAGGUCAGAUAGCAUAACUUGAUUAUUCUGUUAGUCUCGUUAGCUUUUUUCUCAUGUAGAGCAGUUAUAGGGUUCAAUUGUGUCAUUCAACCAGAUUAUUAGGUGUUUGCUUUGUCCUACUAAGUGGAGGAUAUUUAGAUACAUAGUGACCAUCACGUCGUGG